CAAUGAACCUAAUUAUUAUUAAGUUAUAAGUCUAACAUUGUUUAAUGGCCAAAUAUAUGUACCAUUUUGUCAGUAAAAUAUUUAUCUAUUUGUUAAUAAUGAUUAUUCUUGCUUUUUGAUUUUUGUGCUGUUGAAAUUACAAAACUCAGAGAUCAAGCCAAAGGUUUUCAUCCACACCAAUACUUUUCCAAUGCAGGCCUUUAAAAACAAGCAUUCAACUAAACUAAAUUGUCGUUUUAAACGGCAAAGGAUCCUGGAAAAUAUGAUGACCCAAAAAUUCGGCUAUAAUCCAUUUCUUGUGAUAAAGAGGGACAAAAUGUUGCACCGGAGAUAUGCCAUAGGUCGAAUUAUGUUAUUUGCCGAGAAAAACCGGCAUGACAUGCUCAAGAAAGCUCUCAAAGAAGAUGUAGGGUAUAAAAUGAAGAAGGUUUUUGUCAGAAAACGCAUUAUCAACUCAUUUGCAGCUAUAGCAGCUUUAAAACUGCAAGUUAUACAAGUCAAAAAUGAAUUAAACAAAAUAAUCAGAGAAGUGAAAACAACAUAUACUAAAGAAGAAGUAAUUAAGUUUGUUACUAUUAUAAUAAACAAAUAUAUUCCAUAUAAAAUACUUGGCCGUAAAAAAUAUUAUGAAACAUUCCGGAGAAACUGUAUUAACAUUAUCCUGGCAAAUUACAAGCAGAAUAUGCUCUUAUCAAACGCUAUGAAAGGUUUAAACAAGACAAGCCUGAAAAAUAGACAUCUCACUGCAAAAAUUGUGCUUUGGUUAAACAAGCUUUUGAUGAGAGUUAUAGGCAGUAUUUUUUAUGUUACAGAAGGUACCAAGUGCAGAGAUAUAAUUUUUUAUAAUCCACGGUAUUGGAUUGGUUUACAAAAAAGUGCGCUAGAAGACCUCGAAUCCAAUGGGGAAAUAAAACAAAUUGAAGUGCUCUCCCAUUCAGAUCCUAGUAUCGGCAAAAUGCGUUUGGUACCUAAACCAUCUGGAACUGGUCUUCGUCCGCUUGUACUCAAAAGCACUAAUCAACAGAAUGAGUCAAGGCUCAUAUUGAGGUGUAAUCUCUUCCUGAAACAAUUAGUUGCCACAAAAUUAGGAGCAUAUCCAAAUGCUAUUUCAGACAUACAUUCAGCCUGGCUGGAAUUUAGCACCAAGAAUCAACAUUAUAAGGAAAAGUUAUAUUUUGUUAAAAUGGACAUCAAAAAUGCUUAUGGAUCAAUAAUACAUGAAGAGCUUAAAAACAUUUUAAAACUUCUGUUUGAUGAAUGCCUACCAGUUGAUCAUUUAUCAGUUAAUGUGUGCUCCUACCAAGGAAUUUGGAAGGAGGUCGAAACAGAACAAUUUGCCGAAUUGACUCAAUCAAUCUCUUCACACAAAGUAAAAAAUGUUGUUCAGAGACAGACAAAAGUAUCUGCAAAUAUAUUCAAAACCUUCAUUCUUGAUUUUAUUGACAAUAUUAAAGUUAAUAUGAACCACACAAAUAAAACAUACCGGUUUGUUAAAGGACUUCCCCAAGGCAGGUGUUUUGUGUCUGUUGUAUGCCUAUUUCUGUUAAAUUUCUUAAUAUUAUCCCACAAUUUUUCAGGAAGUGCUCUUUCAUCUGUUCUAUGCGAAAUUUACUAUAGUUACGUUGAUCAACAAUUCCUAAACUUUACAAACAAAGAGGAAGGAGAUUUGUGUAUUCGACUGGUAGACGACUACUUAUUCGCCUCCAGGAGUCAAGAAAGGGCUGAAAGGUUUCUAUCGUUGUUAGAAAAUGGAUUUCCAAAAUACGGCUUGUUCAUCAAAAAUGAAAAGACCCUAACAAAUCUGAUCCAGGAUGUAGAUUUUGUACCGUAUUUUGGUUUAAAGUUUAACUUGAAAACCAAACAAGUAAAACCGAAUCUUGAGGGCUAUUAUAAAGUUGAUCCUUUGUCCACAAUGACCAUUAGAAGGAGUUUUGAUUUAAGCACUUUAAAGGAACGAUUACUGUUUACUCAUACUUUGAAAUUGUAUAAAAUAUUACUAGAUAAUAGAUUUCUAUGGAAAACAACAAUUAUUUGGAAUAUUUUUGAUGCUGCAACCAUAAUGGCUUUGCGGUUCAGCAGCAUAGUGAAGAAUCUUCUUAACUCAUCAGACAAAAUGGAUUUCUACCAAUUAGUUGAUUGUGUAAUGAGUUCAGCUUUUAAAAUUUCCAAGACAGCAUAUGGCAAAUUAAAUUCUGGGACAGUGUCUUUAGAAUGUUUGAAGUACUGUGUGAUCAAAGCGUUUGUGAAAGUGUUGGAGAGGAAAGCUGUCCACAAAAAGGUUGUAAAAAAGCUUAAAGCAAUUAUGGGAAAAUAUCUGAAAUUCUUAAAAUGUAGAGAAAUGAAAAUUGCACUAUAUGUUGGAAAGAAGCUUUCCGAACCAUUGGAGACCUGUCUGUAAAAAUUAGAAUAUACCAUAUUUUAAGCGUACAAUAAAAUGUAUUUUUAAAAUAUUUUAUUU